ACUUUCCUGGCUGGAUCGGCCCCUAUUGAGCUUGAUCAAGGUCAGUGGGCUGCGUGCAAGAAUAUUCCGGCACAUUUCGUCGAUUGGGAUCUGUUUCAUGUAUUCCGUAGAUUUGGUACUGUACAUAAUGUCAAAAUUCCUUCCAAACAACUGCAAUCAAAUACCAAAUACGGGUUCGUCAUAAUGGAGAGCAUGAAUGGCGCUGAUGAAGUUCGCAGUCAACUAAGAAACGGAAAGUAUCUGAGCGUAGAUAACGGGCUACAAUUGCUGGUUACUGGAGUGCGCCACGGAGAAAGUCAGCGAUCGCGUGAGGAGGCUAGAGGAGAGAACAACAGGCCUCCUUUGAAGGAGCUUCGUGGUGAUGGCAUGAUGGUAAAAGGACGCUGCGGAGACAGGCUUGCGCCCCAAAAAUCACAGCGCUCCUACACAGCAGUGAAGUGCUUUUCGCAGGACCUCCCUCUCCAGACUCCUACAAAAGUUCGCGUUGUCGAGUCACCGUUUCCUUGCAAAUCGAUCAGCGAGGGUUUCGUGUUCCAUGCUAUUCCGAUCGACCAGAAGUUGGGAGACGAGUAUUCAUGUCUCCAACGUGAAAUGAACAAGUUCUGCUCGAGAAAUCCAAAUGUCAAUGAGAUUCCUAAGGUUGGACAGUAUGUGCUGUACUGUCGCGACACUAUUGCCUUCCGAGCUCUUUGCAACAGUGACACGACACUAUACCUGAUUGAUGUUGGUGAAGUGCUCCCCAUUAUUCGGUCACACAUAUGGGAGCUGAUACCUUCUUUCACGGUUAUUCCUUGUGGCAUCUUUGGUAUAUCAUGGAAUAAGCCAACGACCUCGACUUUUACCAGCUGCAGAAACGCACUGAAACAAUGGUCGAAGGGCUGUCCGUCUGGUCUCAUAGCGAUUGCACAGGAAUACUCGGGUCUUAUUAAUAUGGUGAAUGUUCAGGUUACUACGGACAAAGGAGUUGAAGAGAAUUUCGCUUCGUCAAUAGCUCAGAGAGGUCUCUGUACUUGUUUGUCCCACGACAUGCGUGUUUAUUCUCGCGAAGAUUUGCUCGAAGCGAAAAAUGCAAAGGCUAGCGACAGCUCUCCAAAGAUCGCUUUCAACGAAAAUGUUGCGGAAAUCAUCGUUGGUCUGCAGACGGUUGCAGUUGCCUGA